AUACUUGCUGUUAAUUUCCUUUUUAAUUUUCCUUCUCACGAUAGAAAAUGCAGCUUCAUUCAGGCAGAAGAAGGCAAGCACUUUUUGCUAGUACAUGGGGCAAGUCAUGGAUCUUGGUCAUGGUACAAAAUUGUGCCUCUACUAAGAUUAUCAGGCCAUGAAGUUACAACAAUCGACUUUGCUGCUUAUGGGAUCGACCCACAACAACCCAAGUCUCUCCAGUCGGUGUCCGAUUAUAUCCUGCCGGUGAACGAUUUCGUAGCAUCUUUACCACCACAACAAAGAGUGGUUCUUGUUGGUCAUAGUUUUGGUGGGUUUGCAGUUUCUCAAGUAAUGGAACAUUUUCCAAAUAAAAUUUCUGUUGCAGUUUUUCUCAAUGCCUGUAUGCCUGGCCCAACCUUCAACGUUUCAACUCUGCUUAAAGAGUACGGGAGCAGGGAAGUUCCUGAACUGGACAACAGUUAUACAUAUGAUGAUGGUCCAAGGAAUCCUCCAGCCACUGUGGCUCUUGGUCCCAUUUUCUUGAAAAAUACAGUGUAUCAGUUCAGUCCAAUUGAGGAUUGGACAUUGGCGACAAGUUUGGUAAGGCCAAGGCGUUUAUUUAGUGAGCAAGACAUGUCAAAGGAACUAAUGCUAACGUGGAAAAAUUAUGGAUCUGUUAGAAAGGUGUUUAUAAUUUCAGAACAAGAUAUGAUAAUAAAGAAAGAUUUUCAAGAAUUGAUGACCAAGAAAAAUCCACCAAAGGAAGUUCUGAAAAUGGAAGGAUCUGAUCAUAUGGUUAUGAUGUCUAAACCAGUAGAUCUUUGUGCUUUUCUGUUACGAAUUGCUGUCAAAUAUAACUGA